AUGUUAUCCAUGGGCGCGGGCACAGGACGUUCCCCUUCCCCGUUUCCUGUGAUCUGGGCUGGAACAGGACUGGAUCCAAGCUGGAAUGGGCAGAGCUGGCUCCGCCCAGCCCAGCCCAAGGCUCUGCACUGCUCUGAACUCCCAGCGUGGUCCGAGGGGCCUCGGAGCUGGAAGUGCCCGGGGGAGAAAACCUUUCCUGGGAAAGCUGCAGGGUCUGGGAUGGGGAGGAGCAGGGAUGGGAUGAACACACGGGAAUUAACUCCAACAGGAUCCAGGGAAGGGAAGGUUUGGGAAGGGAAGGUUUGGGAAGGGAAGGUUUGGGAAGGGAAGGGAAGGUUUGGGAAGGGAAGGGAAGGUUUGGGAAGGGAAGGUUUGGGAAGGUUUGGGAAGGUUUGGGAAGGUUUGGGAAGGUUUGGGAAGGGAAGGGAAGGGAAGGGAAGGGAAGGGAAGGGAAGGGAAGGGAAGGGAAGGGAAGGGAAGGGAAGGGAAGGGAAGGGAAGGGAAGGGAAGGGAAGGGAAGGGAAGGGAAGGGAAGGGAAGGGAAGGGAAGGGAAGGGAAGGGAUUGGGAUUUCCCCCAGUUUUCCAGAUUCUGCUGUGGCCAAUCAGACACAGAUUGGAGUUUGAACAUUCCUGGGAUGAGAGAGAGGGGCAGGGAAAGAGCUGAAGUGUCCAUGCAAAGUCACUGCCAGGAGUGGGAACAGGGAGGUGAGGAACAGGGAAUGGCUGCAGGAGCAGGGAAUGGCUGCAGGAACAGGGAAUGGCUGCAGGAGCAGGGAACAGGGAAUGGCUGCAGGAACAGGGAAUGGCUGCAGGAACAGGGAAUGGCUGCAGGAACAGGGAAUGGCUGCAGGAACAGGGAAUGGCUGCAGGGAACAGGGAAUGGCUGCAGGAACAGGGAAUGGCUGCAGGAGCAGGGAGUGGCUGCAGGGAACAGGGAAUGGCUGCAGGGAACAGGGAAUGGCUGCAGGGAAUGGCUGCAGGAACAGGGAAUGGCUGCAGGAACAGGGAUUAACUGCAGGAACAGGGAAUGGCUGCAGGAACAGGGAGUGGCUGCAGGAACAGGGAAUGGCUGCAGGAACAGGGAAUGGCUGCAGGAACAGGGAGUGGCUGCAGGGAAUGGCUGCAGGAACAGGGAAUGGCUGCAGGAACAGGGAAUGGCUGCAGGAACAGGGAAUGGCUGCAGGAACAGGGAAUGGCUGCAGGGAACAGGGAAUGGCUGCAGGAGCAGGGAAUGGCUGCAGGAACAGGGAUUAACUGCAGGAACAGGGAAUGGCUGCAGGAGCAGGGAGUGGCUGCAGGAACAGGGAAUGGCUGCAGGAACAGGGAAUGGCUGCAGGAGCAGGGAGUGGCUGCAGGAACAGGGAAUGGCUGCAGGAACAGGGAAUGGCUGCAGGAGCAGGGAAUGGCUGCAGGAGCAGGGAAUGGCUGCAGGAGCAGGGAAUGGCUGCAGGGAACAGGGAAUGGCUGCAGGAGCAGGGAAUGGCUGCAGGGAACAGGGAAUGGCUGCAGGGAAUGGCUGCAGGAACAGGGAUUAA